GUAUCUAGGCAAAGAGGGCUGGGCCCCUGCUUCAUAUCUGAAGAAGGCUAAGGAUGAUCUUCCAUCUAGGAAAAAGAACUUAACUGGGCCAGUGGAAAUAAUAGGAAACAUUAUGGAAAUCACCUCAGAAUCCCACAUCACCAAGAAGGAAAUCAGCUUGCCCAUCUUGUGCAGCGACUCUAAUGGCAAUGCCAUGAUGACCCCAGACAAACAGGCAUCCAAACUGGCCCAGGGAUCCCCAGCCAUAGCAAGGAUAGCGCCACAAAGAGCUCAAAUAAGUUCUCCAAAUUUAAGAACACGGCCGCCCCCACGAAGAGAAUCCAGCCUGGGUUUUCAGUUGCCUAAACCGCCAGAGCCACCCUCUGUGGAAGUGGAAUACUACACUAUUGCGGAGUUCCAGUCUUGUAUCUCUGAUGGGAUAAGCUUUCGUGGAGGACAAAAAGCAGAGGUUAUAGAAAAGAAUUCUGGUGGCUGGUGGUAUGUGCAGAUUGGAGAGAAGGAAGGAUGGGCACCAGCAUCUUACAUUGACAAGAGGAAGAAGCCAAAUUUAAACAGAAGAACCAGUACCCUAACACGUCCGAAGGUCCCUCCCCCAGCUCCUCCCAGUAAACCAAAAGACACUGAAGAAGGGACAAUUCCUGGAACUGUUUCUUCAGGGGAAGCCCAGGACUCUCCCCAUAAGCUCAAAUAUGAAGAACCUGAGUAUGACGUACCUGCCUUUGGCUUUGACUCGGAGUGUGAUGUGAAUGAAAGCCAUCGUGAAGAAAGCACUCCUGAAAAACGGUUGUUUCAGCCGCUGAAACAACCUGUGUCAUCGCUUCAGAAAACAAAAUUCAAAGUUGGAGAGUCUUCCGAGGAUGUUGCCCAUGAAGAAGAGACCAUCUAUGAGAAUGAGGGAUUCAGGCGUUAUGCAGAAGAUGCUUUGUCUAAUAAGGAAUCUAGUGGAGACUCUGAUUCCCAGAAAAGCGCUUCUCUGUCCUUGAUUCGAAGGAACUCUCCUUGUUCCAGCUCUCCUAAAACAUCACUUGUGAAGCCCAAGACUGACAAAAACAUCCACCCUGAUCUUGGAAAAUGUCACUACUCCAGGAAUGAAGAGACAAAACCGAGGUCAGCCUCAGAUGUUGGCUUACGUAGCAUGCCAAGAACAGGUGUGAAGAAAGAGCCUGGGCAGAGCCCUUCCAUUAGAGCAAAGCCAAUUGUUAGGCCCAAGCCCUUCCUGAACAAGGCAGAGUCUCAGAGUCAGGAAAAAAUGGAUAUCAGCACUUUAAGACGUCAGCUGAGGCCAACCGGGCAACUGAGAGGUGGACUUAAAGGUUCAAGAAGUGAAGAGUCCGAGAGCCCCCCAUACACAGCUUCUGAAAACCAAGAAGAUCCUGUUCGAAGGAGCUCAGCUGAUCUCAUUACCGCUCCUUCCCGUGGCAUGUUCUGCUCCAGCCAUCAGGCCAAAACUGAGCACGAAAAUGAUUCCAGAAGUUUCUAUGUGACCACUGACUCAUACCAAAAGGUACAGGAUUCUGAAAUUGGCUUCCCAGCAGGAGUAGAAGUAGAAGUGCUGGAGAAGCAAGCCAGUGGGUGGUGGUACCUGAAAUAUGGAGAUGCGGAAGGCUGGGCUCCUUCCCAUUAUUUGGCUCUUGCUGAUAAUCGAGAAACUACAGCAACAGACACAGAUGCCUCACUUUCCAAGAACAGGAAAAAUGAAAACAAGUCAAACAGUUUAGAGAAGAUAGAGAAGAGAGUGCAGGCUUUGAACACCAUCAACCAAAGCAAACGUGCAACACCACCCAUCCCAAGCAAACCUCCUGGCGGUUUUUCAAAAACGUCAGGGCCGGUCAAAAUGAGAAAUGGUGUCAGGCAGCUUGCAGUCCGGCCACAGUCAGUGUUUGUGUCUCCACCACCAAAGGAAAACAACCUGUCAUGUUCCUUGCGCAGAAACGAAUCUUUAACAUCUACAGACCAUCUUAGGAACGUCCGACGGAAUUCCUCCUUCAGUAACGCACGAUCACAGCCGGGUGACUCCAAGGGAAAGCAGGCGGAGAGGUCUGGCACAGAGGGCUUGGAAACCACCUCCAACCUCCCCAGCCAGCGGAAUGGGAUUCCUGUGUCCACUGUCAGACCAAAACCCAUUGAGAAAUCCCAGUUCAUCCACAACAAUCUCAAAGACAUCUAUGUUUCCAUUGCAGACUAUGAAGGGGAUGAAGAGACUGCAGGGUUUCAGGAAGGUGUCUGCAUGGAGGUCCUGGAAAGGAACCCAAAUGGCUGGUGGUACUGCCAGAUCAUGAAUGGUGUGAAACCAUUCAAAGGCUGGGUGCCCUCAAAUUAUUUGGAGAAAAAGAACUAAUGUUGCAAUGUCUCUAACCUCCCUAAUUUAUACUGUUCCUGCUGUGUACAUGUGGAAAAAAAAAAAAAACAAUUACUACACAAAAAGAUGUUUCCCUGUGCCCAAGUUUGUACAAAGGGACAAAGGAGUCUGUCUAUGCUGUGGACAAGUCUGCCAUGCUCUGGAGAGGUCUGUGGGGUUAAGGUGUCAUAAGCAGCUAUGAGGAAGAUACAGCAUAGUCAAAAGCCUUUUUGUGAAGUUGUUAAUAAUCUUGUAUGUGUAACAGGGUAUGACAUUCCAUCUCUCCCGUUAUUGAUAGGAAACCAAAUGCGUGCCUUUGAGAGAGAUACAGAUGCAUCUACUUGAGGAGUUUAGUGCCAAACUCUAAUGUUCUACAGUCUUGGCUCCCAUUCUCCUCGUUCUUGUCCACACAUGGAAUACUCAAGAGUUUUGGAUGUGCUUCUGCAACUUGCUAGCAGUAAGAAGCAAAUGGAAAUUGUGCUCUGAAACACAGAGGGACUCUAACCCUUUGGAGAAGUCUACUUCUUUCCUCUUAGCAGUUGGUUGGUCCAGAGUUGGAGCCUUUUCAUCGUGGAGAGAUUUGGUCUCUGACUUCAGUCGUGUUUUGUUGUUACUGCUUGCUCCCCAGAAAUGGCAAUCAGGUGGUGUUUGUUGGGCGCUCUGUUUUGUUUCCUUUUGUUUCCUGUCUUGUUCUUUGAGUUGGGAUUUUUCAGGUGUUCUAGGGCAGUGAGGCCCACAGGUGCUUAUACAA